UCAUUGAAGCCUACUAUAAAUUGCCCAACGAAGACGACGAAGUUUGGAAUCAUGCCAGAAUUCUGGAGAACGGGAUCUCUGCCUUCCUUCCGCUGUUUUCCACAAGUCAAAAUUAUUCUUCAGUUGUCUUCUGCCGGUCUUUAUCUCUCUCGCACCGCUAUCUUGUCCCUGUUUUUUCAGUAUGGAGAACAUAAAGGAGAACAGCGGCGCCGGAGAUAAAGAUUUCAGCGAAAAACCUAACCCAAACUCUAGCUUCAACUCCGUUGCUGUGGCAGAUGCCGGAUCGGCUCCCGAGAUGGUGCCCCGUACGACAAGUAGAACGCCUUUUACUAGCCUUAGUCAGCUCGACGCUGACCUUGCUCUGGCUCGCGCUCUUCAAGAACAGGAAAGAGCUUUUAUGAUGCUGAGGAUGGAUGGUAUUGACGGCAGUGAUUAUGUUAGUUCGUAUGGAGGGAGCUAUGAGGAGGAAGAGGAUGAACUGGAUGGGGACCAUGAGUUGGUUAAUGGUGACGAAAGCAGUGUGGAGGGGAGUGAUUAUGAUGAGGAUGGUUUUAAUGCUAAUGAAAGCAGCAUCAACUCAGCGGAUUUUGAAAACGACGAGGUUUAUGCUAGGGCUGUCCAGGAUAAUGAGGAGCGGGACGUUGCAGUUCGGUUGAUGGCUCCCGCUGGAUUGAAUGAUUGGGGCGUUGUUGAACAUGAGGAUCAUGCCAACCAUCACCAAGAUGCAUGGCAGGAGUUUGAUCCUGAUGAACUGUCAUAUGAGGAGCUGGUUGCGUUGGGUGAGGUAGUUGGUACUGAGAGCAGAGGCCUUUCUGUUGAUACUAUAGCUUCAUUGCCUUCGUUCAGCUAUAAGGCAGAAGAAUGUGAAGAUAGCAAUAGUGACCAAUGUGUCAUUUGCCGGUUGGACUAUGCAGAUGGAGAUGCUUUAGUUGUGCUUUCAUGCAAGCAUAAGUACCACACAGAGUGCAUAAACCAAUGGCUUCAAAUCAAUAAGGUUUGCCCAGUUUGCUCUGCUGAGGUUUCCAUUCCGGGCAGCAGCCACCAUGACCGAACUGUAUGAAUUUCUUGGCCUUCUUGCUUGGUAUUCUGAAUUAUAGAUCCUGGUACAAACUGCAUUAUGAUGAGCUUGAAAAUACUUAGAUCUGCUUUGAGAUUAGUGCACCGCAAACUCUUCGUAUGCAGUACUAAUCUCAAGACAAAUUCCAUACUUUUAAAGCAUACAUAUUAGUAUAUUUUAUAUCAGAAUAUCAUGAUAUAAUUUCUUUUCUAUAGGUUCUUUAUAUUCUUUUAUAAUUAUAAGGAGGUAUAAAGCAAGCUUUCAUCUAAUGCAGCCAUUAAGUGUUUUAUUGGCACAUUAUUCUGAUCCUCUUGUGAUGUUAGCCAAUAAGUAGGUCUCUGAUUGCUUGAAUUGUAACAUAAAUGAGUACAAGAUUAUCAUAAGAUCAUUUCAGAGUUAGUUUCAAUAGUGUUGUUAGUUUUGGGAU